AUGAAUGGGGACGCUCAGUCUGGUCAUAGGCCGAGACCGUCGGGAAGAAACGAAAAUGUCGACAAAAAACGCAUUCAUUGGGCUCCAUGGAAUAUUGGCCUCGAACGGCGCCUGCAGACCUUAAUCGUCCUAUGUCAUACCCUCACAAUCGCCAUUUUCGUGACGACCUUCUUCUUUACCUGUGCCAUCCCUUUGUUCUGGCCCCUUCUCCUUCCAUAUCUGGUCUACAUUUCUUUGUUCUCCACCGCACCGAUGUCAGGUGAACUAAAAAGCCGUAGCUCCUUCUUACGGUCGCUUCCCAUCUGGUCAAUGUAUGCGUCUUAUUUCCCAGCCAAACUUCAUCGCGAGGAACAAUUACCCCCAACCAAGAAAUAUAUCUUCGGCUAUCACCCACAUGGGAUUAUUUCACAUGGUGCCUUUGCUGCCUUUGGCACCGAAGCCCUGGGGUUCUCGAAACUAUUCCCCGGCAUCACAAACACCUUGUUGACCUUGGACUCGAACUUUCGCAUCCCAUUUUAUCGAGAGUACGCGCUUGCAAUGGGUCUAGCUAGUGUGUCUCGCGAAUCUUGUGAAAGUAUCCUGACCAAAGGCGGUGUAAAUAAUGAGGGAAUGGGUCGGGCAAUUACCAUUGUAAUUGGCGGAGCCCGAGAAUCUCUCAAUGCACAACCUCACAGCUUGCGAUUGGUAUUGAAGCGUCGGAAAGGUUUCGUCAAAUUGGCUAUUCGCACUGGAGCCGAUCUGGUCCCUGUUUUAGCCUUUGGGGAGAAUGAUCUGUACGAACAGGUACAUUCGGAUGAACAUCCCCUCAUUCAUAAACUUCAAAUGCUUAUCAAGCGGACCAUGGGAUUUACGAUUCCUCUUUUUCACGCACGUGGUGUGUUCAACUACGAUGUUGGACUCAUGCCUUACCGCCGUCCACUGAACAUCGUGGUGGGUCGUUCAAUUCCUGUGAUGCAACAACAAAAUCGGGAUAAAAUUGAUGACAAGUAUAUCGAUGAACUGCACACCAAAUACGUCCAGGAGCUUCAGCGACUAUGGGACCAGUGGAAGGAUGUUUAUGCCAAGGAUAGAACCAGUGAAAUGGAGAUCACCGCGUAA